AUGAAGCCCAAGGUUUACCAGUUUCUCGUCGGAGUGUUUGCGUCCUUUGGAUCGCUGCUCUUUGGCUAUGAUUUGGGUGUUAUCGCCCAGGUCAUUGCGUCGCCAUCUUAUCAUCGGGAGUUCGACACUAGCGACACAGCUGCCGAUACUGGUGCUGUAGUUGCGCUCUUCACCGCUGGUGCUUUCUUUGGUGCCAUGUUCGCUGGACCUACAACCGAAUACACCGGUCGACGAUGGACUAUCACCAUUGGUUCUAUAAUCUUCACUCUCGGAGGUGCUCUCCAGACUGGAGCCCCCAAGAUCUCGUACCUCAUGGCCGGUCGCUUCCUCGCUGGUCUUGGCGUCGGUUUCUUGACCAUGAUCAUUCCUCUAUACCAGGCUGAGAUCGCACACCCUUCCAUCCGAGGCCGGGUUACAGCUCUUCAGCAAUUCAUGUUGGGAAUUGGAGCUCUCAUCGCUUCGUGGACCGGCUGGGGCACAUUCACAAACUUCAGCGACAACCGACAGUGGCGAAUCCCCCUCGGCAUCCAGAUCAUCCCCGCCGUUAUCCUUGGUGCUCUCAUCUUUGUCUUCCCCGAGUCUCCUCGCUGGCUUAUGGACCAGGGUAAGCAGGACGACGCGCUCAAGACCCUUGCCCGCCUCCACUCCAACGGCAACGAGGACGAUCCCUGGGUGCGUGCGGAGAUCGAGCAGAUUCAGGAAAGCAUUGCCGACGAGCAUGCCAACGGUGCCAAGUCAUACCUCGAGCUUUUCAGGGAUAUUUCUUGCUUCCGUCGUCUUUUGAUCGCUUGUGGCCUUCAGGCGUCGAUUCAGAUGACGGGUGUGUCUGCCAUUCAGUACUACUCUGUUACUAUCUAUGGACAAGCUGGAAUUGGGCCUGGCGAUGCACUCAAGUAUCAGGCUAUCAACUCGAUCAUUGCCCUGAUCGCCCAAGCUCUUUGCAUUGCCUUUAUUGAUCGAUUCGGUCGCCGAUGGACUCUUAUCUGGGGUAACUUGUUUAACAUGCUCACCUUUAUCAUCGCCACCAUUAUGCUCGUUGUCUAUCCUCCCGGUUCUGGUAGUGCUGCUCAAGGCUGGGGAUUCAUCAUCGUUACCUGGGCAUACAACUUCUCUUUCUCAGCCACUUGCGGACCUCUCUCCUGGAUCAUCCCUGCCGAGAUCUUCGAUACCCGUACCCGAGCCAAGGGUGUUUCUCUUGCUACCAUGACCUCAUUCGCCUUCAACACCAUGAUCGGCCAAGUCACCGGUAUUGCCAUGGGAGCCGUUGGCUGGAAAUACUAUCUUGUCUUUGUCAUUUGCAACUUCACAAACGCCCUCUGCGUUUGGGCUUUCGUCCCUGAGACCAAGCAGCUUCCUCUGGAGGAGAUGAACUAUCUCUUCACCAACGCUCCUUGGUUCAUUCCCUUCGUCGACAAGAGCGAGUAUACUGCAAACCUUCAGGCUGAUCUCGUUCGUAGGGCUGAGGCUAUUGACGAGAAGCUUGCUGCUCAGCAUGAGACUGGAGAGCACGUUGACAAAAUCUAA